UCGGGCAAAAGCCUUUCAUCAGGGCUGCAGUACUCACUUUCGCUUAAUCAUUAUAAUCUAUCUCUUAGUCUAAUCUGGAUUAACAAUAAUCUUCCAGGGACUGUGGUAUCGAAUGUGUUGAGGUUUAAACACUUUAACAUUUCAAACCGAAGAUGACCUUAGCUCUUCUGAAGUUAUUAAAUUUGGCAGUUUGGAGGCACAGUAAUAUGGUUUACAUUCAAAUCUUUUGAAGUGAUGAGGAACCAACCUCCUUAUAUGGUUUCGUGGAGGAGGCUGGGCUGAAGUAACAGGGUGGAGCUUUAUGAGUCACUGGGGAUUGCAAGUCUAUUGGGUCGGGUCAGAGACGCAAUUUCACCCAACAAAAAUAAUGUGUGUGUGUCGGACAAAGGAGAUGAGUUUUAAUAAAAGUCAAACUUUUUAAUUCUGCAGGAGCUUGAGUUAAUUUGCAUUUAUUAAUUUUAAGAACACCGUAAUUUAAGUGAACAGCGAUGAGCGAGUGUGUGUCCCACAAUCACCUCGAUUUAAGGAAACAUUUAAACAAAGGAUUCAGUGCGAAUUAAUGUUGAGCGAAAGACUGGUGGUAACAUGGAGUAACUGUGAAACUUGAGAAGUGGAAUACUUCCUUUAUUUGUUGCACACAUCGUUAAUCCACGGUUUAGUCUGUGCAUUUUGUCGGCAGUAAACUUUUACAGAGUGAAUUAUAAUUAAAGAAUGGACAACUACUUUGCUGAGGGAACAUGGGUCUGGUUAAGAGCAGAUGAGCAGCACCUCCCAAGUAUGGUUUCAAGCUGUGGUGGUGGAGUAAUCAGUUUCAUUACAAGCUGUGGUCAGGUGUUAACUUAUAAAUUAAAUACCUUAACCAGGGACAAAGUGGUGACCAUGCAUCCAACUAGUAUUGAAGGUGUUGAGGAUAUGGCAACCUUGGCACAGCUGCAUGAAGGGUCAAUCAUGCAUAAUUUACACAUUCGAUAUAAAAAGGACCACAUAUAUACAUACAUAGGUUCCAUCUUGGUGUCAGUGAAUCCCUACAAAUCAAUUUCUGGACUUUAUGAUAUAACAAGCAUGGAGCAAUACAGCAGUUAUCACUUGGGUGAAAGACCACCUCACAUUUUCGCCAUUGCGAAUGAAUGUUAUCACUGCCUUUGGAAACGCAAUGACAAUCAGUGUGUCCUCAUAAGUGGAGAAAGUGGUGCUGGGAAAACUGAAAGCACAAAACUCAUCUUGAAGUAUUUAUCAGCAAUGAGCCAGCAUUCCCUUGAUGUUACAGCAAAGGAAAAUGUCUCCUAUGUUGAGCAGGCUAUUUUGGAAAGCAGUCCCAUCAUGGAAGUGUUUGGUAAUGCGAAGACUAUCCAUAACAACAACUCCAGUCGAUUUGGGAAGUUCAUUAAGCUGAACUUCUGUCAAAAGGGGAAUAUUCAGGGAGGCAGAAUCAUAGAUUAUUUAUUAGAAAAGAACCGUGUAGUGAGGCAGAACCCUGGGGAGAGAAAUUACCACAUUUUCUAUGCAUUGCUGGCUGGAACAGAUGAAGCGCAGAAAGAGAUGUUUUAUUUAUCUGAAAAAGAGAAUUACUAUUAUUUGAGACAGUUUGGAUGUAUUGUGGAUAAUGCAAUUGAUGACCAGCGGACCUUUCAGGAAGUUAUGACUGCCAUGAGAGUGAUGAAGUUCAGCUCUGAAGAAAUUUUGGAGGUGCUGAAGUUACUUGCUGGAGUGCUGCAUCUUGGGAAUAUUGAAUUUGUAAUUGCUGGAGGGGCACAAGUUUCCUCAAAAAAUGCUUUGGGAAGAGCAGCAGAGUUGCUUGGGUUGGACUCCAUGAAAUUUACAGAAGUGCUGACUCACCGGUCCAUGAUUCUCAGGGGUGAGGAAAUCAGCACACCACUGACUGUAGAGCAGGGAAUCGAUUCCAGAGAUUCAAUGGCCAUGGCACUUUACUCGCAAUGUUUUUCAUGGAUUAUUAAAAAAAUCAAUAAUAGAAUAAAAGGAAAGGAGGAUUACAGAUCUGUGGGUGUCCUUGAUAUAUUUGGAUUUGAGAAUUUUGAGGUAAAUCGGUUUGAACAAUUCAACAUAAAUUAUGCAAAUGAAAAGCUUCAGGAAUAUUUCAACAAGCACAUAUUUUCUUUGGAACAGCUAGAAUAUAACAGAGAUGGAUUGAUCUGGGAAGACAUUGAUUGGAUGGACAAUGGCGAAUGUUUAGAUCUCAUUGAGAAGAAAAUGGGCAUUCUGGCCCUUAUCAAUGAAGAGAGUCAUUUUCCAAAGGGCACAGAUGAUACUUUACUGGCAAAACUGCACAGUCACCAUUCGAAAAAUCCCUUUUAUGUGAAACCCAGAGUCCUUGACCAUUAUUUUGGAGUGAAACACUAUGCUGGUGAGGUUUUAUAUCAUGUAAAGGGAAUUCUGGAGAAGAACAGAGAUACAUUCAGAUGUGAUGUACUGAACCUCUUAUGUGAAAGCAGGUUGGAUUUCAUCUAUGACUUAUUUGAGCAUGCAUCAAGCAAGAUCAAUGAAGACACAUUUAAAUCUGGAACUAAACAUCAGAAGCCAACUGUAAGCUCUCAGUUCAAGAAUUCCCUUCAUUCGUUAAUGGCAACAUUAAGUACAUCAAAUCCAUUCUUCGUCCGAUGCAUCAAACCAAAUGAUCAGAAGAUGCCAGAUCAGUUUGACCAAACAAUUGUGCUAAACCAGCUGAGAUAUUCAGGAAUGUUGGAAACUGUGAAAAUACGACGAGCUGGAUUUCCAAUCCGGAGGCAGUUCCAUGACUUCUGUGCAAGAUAUAAAAUCUUGAUGAGGAACCUCUCGCUACCUGAUGAUUUGAAGGCAAAGUGUGCUGCAUUGCUUUAUUGCUAUGACAACACUAACACAGAUUGGCAGCUCGGGAGAACAAAGGUUUUCAUACGGGAGUCUCUUGAGCACAGGCUGGAAAAAGAACGUGAAAUUGAGGUUUGCAAAGCUGCUGUGAUAAUACAGGCUUAUGUCCUUGGUUAUUUAGCAAGGAAACAGUAUAAAAAGGUUCUUCACAUGGUUGUUAUAAUUCAGAAAAAUUAUCGUGCUUUCUUCUGGAGGAAGAGGUUCCAACGUAUACGGAAUUCCGCAAUUAUACUGCAGACUCAGCGACGAGGUCAGCUGGCACGUAGGCAUUAUAAACAACUACUUGAAAAUAAAAUAAAGGAAGAAGAGAUGCAAAGAAACAAACUGCAGGAAGAAAGGGAAAGGCAGAACCGAGAAGCAGAACGCAUGCAACAGGCAGAAGAAAUCCAGAGGCAACAAGAGCAAGCAACCAUUCUAGAGGCUCAGACAAAAGCAGUACAGAAUGCUCAGCUAGAAAAGCAAGAGAAUGGACAAGUCCAGGAGAUUCUGCGUCUUGAGAGAGAAAUUGAAGAGCUUCAACGCCAGAAGGAACGCCAUGAAUCAACCCUCACCAAGAUGUCCCUUGUACAACUACAGCAACUUCGAGAUGAGGAGUUAAAGAGAUUGGAGGAUGAAGCGUGCAAAGCAGCUCAGGAGUUUUUGGAAUCCCUGAACUUCGAUGAAAUUGAUGAAUGUGUCCGCAAUAUUGAACGGACUCUUUCUGUCGACAGCCAAAUUACAUUAUAUACCUCAACCGUACCUGAUCCUUCCGGAAAGCCUGUCUUCAAUUCUGGUCAACCUUACCCUGAAGAAGAGAAAGAUGAGGGCUUUGAUGCUGAUGAGGAUGCACUGAAGGACUCACCAAAUCCUAGUGAGCACAGCCAUUCUGAUCAACGGACGAGUGGAAUUCGGACAAGUGAUGACUCUUCAGAAGAGGACCCUUACAUGAAUGAAACGAUGGCAACUAUGAUUGCGAGUGAUGAGAAUCAUGUUCUGGCUAUCACUGCUUCAGAUCCAAAAAGCUACAGAAAACCCACAAUCAGUGACUCUACCGACUGCAUACCUGAGCAAGCAGAUGAUGGACAGGAGGACCCUGUUGAGCUCAUUCCUCCAGAUGAAGAAUCUGAUUUUGAUCAGGAUGAUUAUAAAGAUGGAACCACUAUAUCUGGCAGCAGUGGAGCCUUUUCAAAUCCUCGCAGUAGCCAGUGGUCACCAGAGUAUCCCUAUUAUUCUUCUGCAGGAGCCUACAAUAGCUCUGGAGAAUAUAGAUUAAGUUCCGAAGGGCCACAGUCAUCAUUCGAAGAGAGUGAUGAUGAUUUGGAUUCAAGAUUUGAUACCAACGAGCUGGCCUACCGCAGAGACUCCAUUUACAGCUGUGUCAGUCUGCCAUAUUUUCACAGUUUCCUGUUUAUGAAAGGAGGCCUGAUGAAUACAUGGAAACGCCGUUGGUGUGUUUUAAAGGAUGAAACGUUCAUGUGGUUCCGUUCAAAACAAGAAGCCUUGAAGCUAGGUUGGUUGUUCAAGAAAGGUGGUGGCACAUCAACCUUAUCAAGACCCAACUGGAAAAGACGUUGGUUCGUUCUGAGAGAGAGCAAAUUAAUGUACUUUGAGAAUGACAGCGAAGAAAAGUUAAAAGGAACCAUUGAUAUUAAAUCUGCAAGGGAGAUUAUCGAUGACACUGGCAAGGAGAAUGGUAUUAGUAUAGCAUUAGAAGAUCGCAUCUUCUACCUUACUGCAGAGACAGCGGAAGAUGCCAGUCAGUGGUUUAGUGUCCUCAGCCAAGUUCAUGGGUCAACUGAGCAAGAGAUCCGAGAAAUGCAUGGUGAGCAAGCAAACCCACAUAAUGCAGUGGGUACAUUGGACGUAGGUUUGAUUGACUCAGUCUGUGCUUUUGGUUCUCCUGACAGACCCAAUUCAUUUGUGAUUAUUACUGCAAAUCGCAUCUUGCACUGCAAUGCAGACACACCAGAGGAGAUGCAUCACUGGAUAACAUUACUGCAACGGGUCAAGGGAGACACAAAAGUAGAAGGUCAGGAGUUUAUUAUCAGAGGAUGGCUGCAUAAAGAAGUUAAGAAUGGUGGUAAAUUCAGAUCCUUGAAGAAGCGUUGGUUUGUACUGACCUAUAACUCGCUAGACUACUACAAGAGCUCUGAAAGGAAUAUGGUCAAGCUUGGAACCCUGGUACUGAAUAGCCUCUGUUCUGUCCUGCAACCUGAUGAAAAGAUUUUCAAAGAAUUUGGCUAUUGGAAUGUCACCGUAUACGGCCGUAAACAUUGUUAUCAUCUUUACACAAAGCUGCUGAAUGAGGCAACGAGGUGGGCAAAUGCCAUCCAGAAUGUUAUUGAUACCAAAGCACCAAUCAAUACACCUACGCAGCAACUUAUUCAAGACAUCCAGGAAAACAGCCUGAAUAUUGACGUUGUGGAACAAAUCUACAAGAGGAACCCAAUUCUACGUUAUACACAUCAUCCUCUGCAUUCCUCACUUUUGCCACUACCAUACGGAGACAUCAAUUUAACUUUGUUAAAAGAAAAAGGCUACAUAACUCUGCAGGAUGAAGCCAUCAGUCUCUUCAAUUCCUUACUUCAACUGCAGUCUGCUUCUGAUCCAAUUCCCAUCCUGCAGGAUAUUUUACAGACUGGACAAGAUCUGCAACCUCUACAGGAUGAACUUUACUGCCAACUUGUCAAACAGACAAACAAAGUGCCUCACCCAGGGAGUGAGUGCAACUUGCGCAGUUGGCAAUUACUGGCCUGCAUGAGUUGUACAUUUGUGCCAAGCCGUACUAUCCUGAGAUACCUCAAAUUCCACCUCAAAAGGGUACGUGACCAGUUUCAAGGAGAGUUGGAAAAGUAUGCCAUAUUCAUAUACGAAUCAUUAAAGAAAACUAAAACCAGAGAAUAUGUGCCUUCCCGAGAAGAAAUCAUAGCCUUAAUUAACAGGCGAGAGAUGACCUCUACCAUUUAUUGCCAUGGAGGUGGUUCCUGCCAAAUCACAAUUAAUUCUCAUGCAACUGCAGGGGAGGUUGUUGAGAAGUUGGUUCGUGGGCUGGCCAUGGAGAACUGCAGAAAUAUGUUUGCUCUCUUUGAGCAUAAGGGUACUACUGAUAAAGCAAUUGAAAGCAAAACAGUUGUGGCUGAUAUUUUGGCAAAAUUUGAAAAAGCCACUGCUACUUCUGAAGAUGAUACCUUAUGGAAGCUCUACUUCAAACUCUAUUGUUUCUUUGACACUGAUAAUGUACCAAAAGAUAGUGUGGAAUUUGCCUUCAUGUUUGAACAGGCUCAUGAGGCUGUCAUUCACGGUCACUAUCCUGCCCCUGAAGAAACACUUCAAUAUUUUGCUGCCUUGCGAUUUCAGUUUCUGCAGGGAGAUUACACCCUACACGUCGCCAUUCCAGAAAUGGAAGAGGUGUUCCCAGUUGAGAGAUUGAAGGUACGAAUCACAAAAUCAGCUAGGACCUUUGCUCCUUCUGCUGACCGAAAUGACAAAAAGAGAUCUAGCUUCUUUGAGGGAACGUUGAGGCGGAGCUUCCGAGGUGGUUCCGUCAGCAGGAUGAAGUCUGAGGAUCAGCAGAUGAUCGACAUGUGGGUGAAGGAGGAGAUUUCAGCAACCCGAACCAGUAUUAUUGACAAGUGGAAAAAGAUGCAAGGAAUGACCCAAGAACAGGUCAUGAUUAAGUACAUGGCUCUGAUCAAUGAAUGGCCUGGAUAUGGCUCAACUCUAUUUGAUGUGGAGUGCAGAGAAGGUGGUUUCCCACAAGAGCUCUGGCUAGGAGUUUGUGCUGCAUCAGUUUCUGUCUACAAACGCGGGGAGGCCAAACCACUGGAGAUUUUCCCAUAUGAAAGUAUCCAGUCAUUUGGAGCCCCUCAGUCGACUGUGUAUAAAAUAGUGGUGGAUGAAAGGGAAUUGCUAUUUGACACUACAGAGGUAGUGGAGCUUGCCAGACUGAUGAAAGCUUAUAUCAGUAUGAUAGUAAAAAAGCGGUACAGUAUUUCAUAUACAAUAACCAGUUGGGGCAAUCAACGUGGCAGCAGGUGAAAUAUGUGGUACUGAUGAAGUUUCUUCAAUGAAUUAUUUCCUCUCCUGUUCUUCUGUCCAGCAAUCACAGACUUUAUCAUUGGAAGUACUCAAUACAACCCAAAAUUGUGGAAUAAAGUAGCAAGUUCUGUUUUGAAGAAGCAAACAUUUAUCCCUGCUACUAUGAGAAAUAUUCAACAAGGACUUGACAAUUGCAAAGAGAGUAUUAUAGUUUUGGAACAGCUUUUCAGACCUCCAAUCCUAGAUCAUUGCUAAUACUUUAUCAUGACAUGCACUGCUAAAUAUUAAGCAGAAAAAGUGCCUUAGAGUAAGAAUUCAUCUUCCAAUUAAUUUUAAACAACGUGCUCAGAUAAAGAAAUUUGAGUUGGAGGGAGAGUAACUGCUUGACUGUUAAGUGACUAUAAAUGGCUCUCAAUAUUACAUUUGUCCUUCAGGAAAUCACAUCCCUAUGAUGGUGUUUCCUGAGAAACAGACUACACAUGGAGCAACUUAUGGUUAAACUUGUGUUAUGAUACGGCAGUAUCGUAAACUAAAAGCCAGGAAAGCUCACUUCGCCUCAUAAUCUGUUAAAGUAUGAAUGACUGAGAAGUCCCAAAUUCCACUAUUUAAAGAACAAUAAUAUCAAUUU